CCCUGAUGCAAUGGGAGGCGAUCUCGUCCAGGAUAAUGACCGCCAGAUUCAACUCCAAAGGAAGGAAAGUGUCAAUCAUACAAUGUUAUGCACCCACAAACAACGCAGACCUCGAGAAGAAAGAAGAAUUCUACAGGCAACUACAGGCAACAAUGGACAAUACUCCAGCUGGCGACAUGAAAAUACUAAUGGGAGACAUGAACGCCAAACUGGGACCAAACAACACAGGAAGGGAACUCAUCAUGGGUAGAGAAGCUCUCGGAGAAAUGAAUGAAAAUGGAGAACUCUUCGCCGACUUCUGCGCCUUCAACGAACUAGUGAUUGGUGGCAGUGUAUACAAGCACAAAGAUAUCCACAAGGCUACAUGGGUGUCACCAGACGGGCAAACCAAAAACCAAAUCGACUUCAUCUCAAUGCUGCUCAAGGAAGUGGAGGCGCAGCCUACUGGACACAAAAGCAAGAAGAGGAGCAGACGUUGGCUCAGACCACUAUCUCGUACAAGGGACAAUCCAAAUCAAAUUAAAAGCUUUCAGGGAAACAGGAGCUGCAGAUAGACCACAAGCCAAGUUCAACACUCAAAAGCUGAAGGACCAGGCUACAAAGGACAUCUUCAUUGCAAGCAUAAAGGACAAAGCCGAGACACAAAUCAACACCAGCGAAGAGGUCGGCGUCGAAAAGCAC